UAUUGCUUAUUAUUUCUUAAAAACCCACCUAGUCCAAAAAAGUCUUCACUCACAGGAAAACUUCAGUAGCACACAGCACAGCACCCUUCUUCUUAGAGCGUCACUACAACAUACAUAGCAGUCUGCCCCCAAAAUCCUUCAAUAAUCUACCUUUUAAAAAAGAGAUGGGGCUGGAGAAAUGGUUUAGUAGUCAAGCACACGGCAGAGUUUGGUUCCCAGCAUUCACAACUGCACAGAACUCCAUCUCCGGGGGAUCUGAUGUGUCUGUGAUGUGCACAGACAUCUACAUACAUAUAGGAAAAAACCAUAAAAAUAAAUGUUUAAGAGAGAGAGCCAGGAGAGGUGGUUCACGCCCACUAAGGCUCGUAUUUGUAAGAUCAGUGCAGUAGCGGAGGUCUGCGGGUACACUGUAAAUUUCUCUUCUGAUCGCAAUUAGUCCCCCAACUUUACAGCAUGUUUUUUUCUGCCUCUCCACUCUGGACCAUACUCCAAAGGGAGGGAGCUGAGGUGAGCUGAGGUCUGAGAUCGGGAAAGUAGGGGCGGAUCACACCUGGAGCACUUUGCACCUUGCCCUGUGAGGCCCAUUAGAGGGAAAGUAUAUGCCAAUCUGUACGUGAAACAGCCAGAGGCAGCUGAAGAACUGUAGAGGACCCACUGAGGCAAGGCUGGAAGACCCUCCCUUGCCUCCUGAGUGCCCCUGUACCUGCCCACCUGCCCAGCCAGGAGCCAGCGGAGCCUGAGGGAAUGCCCGGGCUUUCCUCCAGGAGGCCCCCGCCUACCCCGGGGCGGGGCCCAGGCUCCUAGCGGCAGAGCCACAGCCCAAACAGUUUCCUGCGCGAAGGAGGAAGAGGGAAGGAAGGCGCUGAGGAUCACACACACCCAGCCCAGCUGCCGGCUUCUCCACCACCUCGGAGACCACGCGAGCCGCCGCACUCUGCAUCCACUGCGAACCCCUUAAACCAGGGUAGCCCGCACUCGCUGGUCAAAAAGAUGGAGAUCCCAGCCACCCACUAUGCCGCCUCCAGGGCCGCCUCGGUGGCGGAGAACUGCAUCAACUACCAGCAGGGGACCCCGCACAAGGUGUUCCAGGUGCAGACCGUCCAGCAGGCCAGCAAGGAGGAUAUUCCAGGAAGAGGGCGCAAGUAUCACCUUAAAUUUUCUGUGGAAGAAAUUAUCCAAAAAGUAACAGUGAACUGCACAGCAGAAGUCCUUUACCCGCAGACGGGACAAGGUGCUGCCCCAGAGGUCAGCUUCACUUUUGACGGAGAAAUCGGCAAGAACCCGGAUGAAGAAGAUAACACAUUUUAUCAAAGGCUUAUGUCUAUGAAGGAACCACUACAAGCACAAAACAUUCCAGACAGCUCUGGAAAUGUGUCUCCACAAAUGAAGCCAGUUCGCCACUUAGCCUGGGUCGCCUGUGGUUACAUAAUGUGGCAGAAUUCGACCGAAGACACAUGGUAUAAGAUGGCACAGAUCCAAACGGUCAAGCAAGUGCCAAGAAAUGAUGACUUCAUUGAAUUAGAUUAUACCAUUCUACUCCACGACAUUGCAUCACAGGAGAUCAUUCCCUGGCAAAUGCAAGUUUUGUGGCAUCCACAGUACGGUACAAAAGUCAAGCACAACAGCCGCCUCCCGAAGGACCUGGGAGCGGAGUAAACAGAGCCCCUAACGCCCAGACGAAAUGGAAGCGUUCCUAAUGAUGGGGAUGACUGUCCUCACUGGCACCCGGCCUAAUACCAAAUGAAUCCCACGGAGUCUGUUUGUCUUAGCUACAGCACCGAGCUGCACAGAUUCCAUAAGCAAGAGUAUUACUACAUAAAAUGUCUUUCCAACAGUAACAAUACUGUGUAUAUCCCCAAAUAAAAAGCCCGCUUCAGUCUCGUG